CUGUACCACAGGGGGGUCAUCCUGGCUCAUCCCCCCCCCCCUUCUUCUUUGCAGUCCUCGUACCCCUCUUGGCCUGGGUUGGACUUGUGUACCCCAUAUAAAAGCCGUCCGCAAAACUAGCACCCUUCACAACCGCCAUUUCACCCUUGACCGAGUGAGUUCGCGGAUCCAUCUCGCUCUUUUCUUCACCUCCCCACCGAAAGAAAAAAAAAAAAAGUGCUUCACCUCAUCAUUUCUUCUAUUAUUAUACCACUAUAUACCCCGAAAAAAAAAUAUUUUCGUGACUGCGAAAUUUGAAUUUUGAAAAAAAAAGAAAAUUGGCGUCGGAAACCAUGGGUUCUACCAAGGAGUUAUUGACGUGGAGCGGACAAAUGCCCGGGUUGCCAAACUUGCCGCAUUUUGCGAUGGGUUUCGGCAAUGGGUCCAUCGUGGACAAGAUCCCGGCUGACAUGCUGUUUCUGGUGGACAGGCAUUGGAACCAGUUCCCCCCACUUGAUACACUCACUUACAUGAUCCUGGGGGUCUUCAUCAUCGUUGCUGGCAUGAUCAGCGUCAUCGGAAAUGGGAUGGUGAUGUACAUCUUUUUGACAACCAGGACACUUAGAACCCCGUCAAACCUGUUGGUGAUCAACUUGGCAUUUUCCGAUUUCCUCAUGAUGUUUGGCAUGUUUCCCUUCAUGGCUGUCUCCAGCUUCUACGAAGUAUGGGCUUUUGGUCCUUUGGCAUGCCAGAUUUACGGGUUUGUUGGGAACCUGUCAGGCUGCAUGUCCAUCUGGUCUCUUGCCAUGAUUGCCAUUGAUCGCUACAACGUGAUUGUCAGGGGCAUUUCAGCGCAACCCAUGACCUAUUGCAGGGCCGCAGGGUAUAUUGCCUAUGCCAAUAUCUCUUCACUUGCCUGGUGCAUUGUGCCAUUGUUUGGCUGGGGACGGUAUGUUCCUGAAGGAAACAUGACGGUUUGCGGAACUGAUUCCGUGUCAGACGACUGGAAUAACAAGAGUUACGUGGUUAUUUAUUCUGUGUGGGUUUACUUCGUCCCACUGUUUAUCUUCAUCUUCUGCUACUCAGCAAUUGUGCGAGCAGUUGCUAAUCAUGAGCACCAGAUGCGUGAGCAGGCGAAGAAGAUGAACGUCCAGAGUCUUCGAUCUGCUGAUUCCAACAAAGCCAGCGCUGAAAUCAAACUCGCCAAGAUCGCGCUCAUGACCAUCACUCUCUGGUUCAUCGCAUGGACCCCAUACCUGGUCAUCAACAUCCAGGGUCAAAUCGACAAGAACUCAGUCACCCCUUUGUUCACGGUGUGGGGCUCAGUGUUUGCCAAAUGCGCGGCCGUGUACAACCCCAUCGUGUACGGCAUUAGUCAUCCAAAGUACCGUACCGCACUCGCGGAACGCUUCCCUUGGAUGGUCUGCGGCAGCACCAAGAAUGACGACACUGUUUCCAAUGCGACCACAGAGGGCAGCACCACUGAAAAGGGAGACGAAGAAGAGAACAAGGUCUAAAAAAAACACGUGGUGACAAGCAAAAAAAAAAGAAAAAAAAGGCUGACAAGUGAACACGUUUCUUGAUUGCUUUCUAUAUAUAUGCAGUUUUGUUGAACAGAAACAUUUUUUUAUUUUUUUCUCUCCAUGGGAUUUCCCACUUUCCCAGGGUAUACCAAUCAGCAUUCCUCAAACAAAUGAAGGAAAUUUAAUUAGAUUAAAAUGAGGAAACACUUAUUAAACUUGUUUAUUCAAGUAGAGUAUUUUUCCUGGAUCAUAUUGGGAAGAAUUUAUGGAAAUAUAUUGGUUGAAAUUUAAUUCUGUAAAGCAAAUCCAAUUUUUUCACUUUCCAGUUGGAAACAAAAAUUCCCUCACCCCAAUGUUCAAAACUUUAAAAUCGGUUUCACUCCUUCCAAUUUUUCGAUUGUCCCUUAACCAGUUGAGUUGAAAUAUUACACUAUAACAGACAUAACAGGAACUUCUAAUUUAUGAGCAGAUAUGUUUUUAAAUUACAAUAUGCAUAUAUUCUGUGUUCCAGGAACCCAUAAAACUCACUUUAUUUAGUUUUGAAAUAGCUGUCUUUUAUUGUCAAUGUGUUGAAUUUGUCCUUUGAAUCAGUCUUAUAAAUCAAACUAUAUUUUUAAGUUCAUUACUGUGCAUCAAUUUCUUGCGCUUGAAAACUAUAUCAUAAACACCUGAAAAUAUUUGAAAAUUGGUCAUUACAGGUUUCAUCAGCGGAACUCUUCUAAUAGAAUUUUGAAAUAGUUGAUUCACCAGCAUCUAUUGGAUAUAAAAAGUGCAAAAUUGUGCAAACUUAAGUCUAUAAGUUUGCAGCCACGCAGCGAAAAUCACUCAAAUAAAUGAAAAAUGGCAUGUGUUUCAAGCUUGUUUAUGCAAGCAAAGAAACAAGGAAAUGUAUAGAAUUCAUUUUCCUGCCAUGAUAUAUAGAAACAAUUUAAAGCAGCCAUUCAAAAUCUUGUAAUUCUCAAUGUGCAGUUUUUGGCUUCAGAGCAUGUUUCAAAGUCUCCUUUUGAGGACACUUUUCAGAAUUCCUGCUCUGUGAUGAUUCAAAAAAACUCUGAAACUAAGCAAGUGUAUUCUUCCACUCCCUCUUUUGAACAACCACCAUCAUUGCAGUCCUUGGCAUCUAAUUUUAGAAUUUUGAGAUUAUUUAUCAAACAAGAUCAAUUAUAUAAUGAACAUUAAUUGUUCAUUAAUGAACUGUGAGGUUCAUGUGAUCCAAACACUGCUUAAAACUGUAUUGUAGAUCAGAAAAUUGCAGGUAAUGUACAUAUAAAAGGCAAUGUUUUCAGCUGGGUAAAUAAAAUGUUGUCAUUUUUUAACAGAGCGUCCUUAUUUAAAGUUAAUAUGUAAAGUUGCAAUCAAGUUAUAGUUCAUAAUUCGCAUUAAAAAAAUUAUGGCUGUGCAACUAAGUGAAAAAAGGGACUGAGGUCUGUGUGACUGUGAAUAGAAAACUCUGGUGGUAACUCUUUUCUAUGAAGGUAAUUAUUCUGUCCAAAUUGACAAAUUCAUGCAUGAAAAUAGAAAGAGGAUCCCCAUUGUUUACAAUAAAUUCAUCCAUGAGGGUCCAGCAAAAGGAACUUUAUAGAGAAGUUAUUAUUGUACUUGAAUAAAAGAGCAAGUUUGAGAACAAUAUUUUCCAAUAUACUUUUCCUGCGCAAAAAAAAGCCACACCAACUGUGUCCAAUUCUUCAGCAGUCAUUCAAAAUUGAGUAGAAUUAAUGUGAAAUUUUUAUGUGUCCCAGCAUUAAAAUUUUUUUAUCAGAUAGAAUGUAGAAUUAUUUCUAAAGCUCCAAAAUCACUUAAUGAGUCAGAUUUCUUCCAUUUCCCAAUUUUUGGUUUUGUGGGAAAGCUUGUGGAGGGAAAAAUCUCAUUCUAAUUGUCCAAGAAUUUUUUUUUAGACUGGGUUUCUCAUCUUCAAAACAAGCAAUUAUACUUGGACUCAUCAUCAUAGAAACAACAAAACAACGUUUUUUUAUUCAACAUUGUCUUGCCACUUCAUUGUUGCUUGAAUGAAGCAUUCAUUCAUUCUUCUGUGGCAAUAAGGAGAUUAUUUCUAUAGACACGAGACGAGGCCUUUUCCGUUCGCGAUUGUGCUUUGAAUUCGAAAAAAAAAUGUAUGUCAGAAAUAAAAUAUGUCAAAUUCUCAAGCAAGA